AUGCAAUCUGCGUGCGGGGCGCAAUGUCAGCGUCGGUAUGCAUCCUCCCUUUCGCCUGCUUCCCUCGCACAGGAGCGCACCUACACCAUCCGCAAGGCGCAUGUCAACGUGGACAAGGCGCUCAAGGCUGCUGAGGUGGUGCUGGAGAAGUAUGACGUGGCGAGGCAGGUGGAGGGGUGCAUCAAGGAGGGUCCCAAGGCCGACCUAGAGCCGUACCUGGCAGCCAUAGCGCGCCUGCAGGAGGCCGUGGCGUACUUUGAGGCGCACCGGUCGUUCAAGAGCGCGGAGGCGGCUCUCGCUCACUCCAAGGCGCUGCUGAGGGACGCCCACCACCGCCUGGCUGAUGCUCUUCGGCAGCACCUGCUGCAGUUCACCAAGGAACCGGACCCAGCCAAGCUGUGGGACGCGAGCAAGCAGGGCGAGGAGGAGGCGGGCAGGCAGGGUGAGAAGGAGGCGGGUGGGGAGGGCAAGAUGGAGGGUGGGGGAUUACCGGUGCUGCUGGCGGAUGGCCGGGCGGGCGACCGCAUCCGCCAGCUGGCAGAGGCGCUCAUUCGUAUCGGGCGGGGUGAUAAGUGCCUCAAGACCUACACCGAGGUGCGAGGCGCGAUGGUGGAGGCGGGGCUGAGGCGCAAUGGCAUGGAGAGGCUCACGCGCGAGCAGAUGGAGUGCAUGGUGUGGGGGGAGCUGGAGGAGCUCAUUGGCGCCUGGAAGCACAUCAGCCUGCUCGUGCCCCUGGUGUUGAGGGCGGAGAGGGAGCUGUGUGAGACGGUGCUGGCGGGGUUGCAGCCGCACACCGGCAAGGCGUUUGCGGACCUGGCGGGGCCCACGCUGGGCAUGCUGUUUGGCUUCGGGGAGGUGGUGGCGCAGCAGAGGAAGGCGGUGAAGGAUGCCAAGGAGCUGAUGAACAUGUUUGAGAAGCUGCUCAUCAUGUAUCACACCAUGUGGACGCUCGUGCCCCAGGUGGAGGUGAUGUGUGCAGGCCCGGCAUGUGAGAGCAUCCGGGGCAGUGCGCAGCAGCUGCUGCAGCACCUGGCAGCAGCGGCCAAGGAGGCAUUUUACAGCUUUGAGCGCGCGGUGGAGAGCGAUGAGAGCAUGCACUCAGAACGUUUGAGUGUGGCGCCCGAUGGCAUGCGGCAUAUGCUGACCAGCUUCGUCUUCAACUUCCUCAACUACCUCCACGAUGACUACCAGCCCACCAUGCAGGUGCUCUUUGGUGCGGGCAGCGACAGCCUCUUGAGCGACGCGGUGAAGCGGGUCUUUGCAGCGCUGUACAGCAACAUGGAGAGGAGGAGCCGCCAGUAUGGCGAUGCGGCGCUCGCACAGUUCUUCCUCAUGAACAACACACACUACGUUGUGGAGGGCGUGCACAGGGGCGGGCUGAAGGAGGUGGUGGGGGCGGAGUGGAUCUACCGGCAGCGCCGCAUCGUGCAGCAACAUGCCGCGGCGUACCGGCGGACCUCAUGGAACACGGUUAUUGGGCUGCUGUCGUCGGCAGGACUGGCAGAGGAUGGCAAGGAGGGCAGUGUGAGCCGCAGCGUUCUCAAAGAAAGGUUCCGUGUGUUCAACGCCACGUUUGAGGAGCUGCAUCGCGCGCAGUGUGUGUGGAAGAUCCCUGACCAGUUUGAGGAGCUGCGAUGCGCCCUGCAGCUGCAGAUCGCGGAGCUGCUGCUGCCCGCCUACCGCUCCUUCGUGGAGCGAUACACCCCGGUGCUGAGGAACGGCGGUGUGUUUGGGCGCAGCAGCGAGGCGGCCAGCAAGUACAUUCGCUUCACGGUUGAGGCCCUCGAUUUGCUGCUCCAUGAGUUCUUCCGAGGCAGGGAGAGCCGCAACAUCCUCCUCACCCAGCCCUCCGCCGCAUGCUAG